AUGUCGAGCACCACCAAAAGUGAUUUUGUAGCGCUGGGCGAUGAAAUUCGACAGUCCAACUCUGAAAAUGACCCAGAUGAUGUAGUGACUGGAAAUGAAGGAAAGAAUGAUUGGGAUCAAAUUUGGACCGUCAUGGCUUGCGGUGCUGGGCUUUUCUCUGACGGAUAUAUUAAUAACGUAAUCGGAUCUGUCUCUACUAUCCUCAAGACUAUCUACGGCGAAACUUACACUCAUUCCAGCGCCCAAAAAAAUGUCUCGGCUAUCACCUUUGCUGGCACCGUCCUAGGCCAGCUAAUAUUUGGAUACACAAGUGACAAGUGGUCCCGCAAAGGCUCGUUGCAGCUUUCUACAUUCAUCCUUAUUUUGUUCGCAGCUAUGGGAGCUGGUAGUUACGGUGGAGGCACUGCUUCAGGUCUCUUUGCGGCCCUCACUGCGUACCGUUUCCUAGUUGGCAUCGGCAUUGGUGGUGAAUACCCCGCUGGCUCAGUCUCUUGUUCCGAAGCAACGGGCGAAUUGAAGAAGGGCUCUCGAAAUCGAUGGUUUAUUCUUUUCACCAACGUAAUGAUUGACUGGGGAUUUGUUGUUGGAGCGUUUGUACCGUAUGUGGUUGUCGUCAUCUCCACAGACAAACAUUUACGUCUAGCCUGGAGACUUAUGCUUGGGCUAGGUGUUGUUCCUCCUAUCCUUCUGCUAAUGUUCCGCUUUAAACUCAAGGAACCUGAAGAGGAGAGUAUGAAGAAUGUGAAAAUUCCCUAUUUGCUAGUCAUCAAGUACUACUGGUGGAGGUUGUUUGUCGUUAGUCUGAUCUGGUUUCUCUACGAUUUCUCAACAUAUUCAUUCGGGAUUUUCUCUUCCACCAUUCUCUCCAACAUCUAUGGAGAAUCAGCUUCCCUUCCAAAGAUCUUUGGCUGGAAUACAAUCAUCAACCUUUUCUACAUUCCCGGUGCAAUGCUAGGCUCUAUUUUCUCGGACAUGGUUGGUCCUCGUUAUGCACUUUCUAUCGGCGUCACCUUGCAAGCAAUCGUAGGUUUCAUCAUGGCCAGCCUAUAUCCAAUUCUCUCACGUGUAGAGAAUGUUGGUGGGUUUGCUAUCGUCUAUGGUGUAUUUCUUUCCCUAGGUGAAUUCGGUCCCGGUGACAAUAUUGGCCUCCUCGCAUCCAAGACUUGUGCGACAGGCGUUCGCGGACAAUACUAUGCUAUUGCUGCCGCCGUAGGUAAAGUUGGCGCUUUUGUAGGUACCUAUAUAUUUCCGUACAUUGAAGCUGCUGGUGGGGGUGCUAGCACUGCGCGUGGCGCCCAGUAUCCAUUUUAUGUCUCAAGUGCGUUCUGCAUAUUGACAGCAAUCCUAUCUAUGUGCUGUUUGCCCCACGUCGGUCAGGAUACUAUCACCACUGAGGAUCGUGAGUUCCGUGCUUAUCUCGAGAGCCAAGGCUGGGAUGUUAGUCGUUUAGGGGCAGCCCGAGAAUAG